AUGUAAAAAAUUGAUAGUUUAGAACCCACUUAAGCUAUAGCCACGCAUUUUCUUGAUAUAUCAAAUAUUGAACAAUUAGUUUAGUACUUAGAAAAACUGCACUAAUAAACUAAGGUGGAAAAACAUCACACAGCCUUAUUACUAAAUUGCUACAUUAAAUUAAGGCAAUUCGACAAUUUUAUAGAGAAAAUAGAGAAGUAUGGGUUCGAAAGUGAACUAUUUGAUAUUGAAACAGCAAUAAGAGAAUGUCGAUCAUCCAAUUAUCUUGAUAUUGCAUUAAAAAUGGCAUCGAAGAAAAACAUCUACCAGGCCUGUCUCCAAAUAUAUAUAUUUGACAAAGCUGAAUGCGGAGCUGCACUAGAAUAUAUUAGAGACACAAUAAUAUUAGAAGAGAAAGCUACUUAUUUGAAGGAAUUUGGUCUUGAGUUAAUGAGGAGUGAACCUUAAUUUACUUUAGAAGUAAUCUAGAAUUUAAUCUUGUUAAUCAAUAUUGUAUAGAACCUAAAAAAGCAAUUUGAAUCAAGAAAGGGUAUUGAUUCAUUAGACAGGUUAACUUAAGAACAAUAGAAAGUUUGGAAGUACUUCAAUUUGAAUAAUGAUCAAUUAGCAAAUAUUUAUUCAAUUACAUUUUGCAAGCCUGAUGAAUUUUUACACAUAUUUGGAGGAUAUAAUAGUUAUUUAGAACGAUAUUUAAGAUUUCUUAUAGAAGAAUGCAAGAAUCUACCUAAUGAAAUGGCCAUAUUUCAUAGAUAUUUUAGUUAUCAUUUGGAGAGAUUCGAAAGAAAGGAAGAAGUAAAGGAAAGUGAAAAAAGAAUUAUGAGUUUACUGUUGGACGAUAAGAAUGAAUCAAAAUAUGAUAAAAAUCACUUGUUGGUGCAAUUCAAAAUUUACAAUUUUACAGAAGGAAUCAUAUGUUUAUUGAAGAAACUCUAAAUGAGAGAGGAACUCUUGAAUUUUUAUAUUACAAAGAAGGAUAAUGAAGAAAUAUUAAACUUAUGUACUGAGUAUGGCGAAUAAGAGUAAAACUUAUGGGUUUUAGCAUUGAAGUAUUUUGCUAAACCAGAAAACAAGGCUACUCAUUAUAUUCCAAAUAUACUGAAGGAAUUGAGUAAAUUGGAGUCUAUUUCUUCGUUUUUGAUCUUAGACAUUAUGAAGGAAAACAGUAAUGUGAAGUUUGGUCAAAUGAGAGAUUUCUUAAAGUAAUAAUUACAAAGAGAUUAUACAGAAAUUAAAGAUAAUUUGAAUGUGAUAAAAGAAAACAUGCAAUAAACAAGUGAGACUAGAACAGAAUUUUAAUAAUUAAAGACUCAAGCAUAGAUAUUUUCAUUCGGAAAGUGUACAGCAUGUGAUAAUGCCUUGGUUAAUCCAUCUUUUCAUUUCAUAUGUGGACAUCAAUAUCAUUAAAACUGCAUUUAAAUUGAAGACAAGAAAAGAAUAUGCAUGAGAUGCAAUUUGGAGAUUCAAAUGAUAUAAAAUAAACAAAAAGAAGUAGAUAAUUCAAAUGAAUAAAUGGUGAAUCUCAGAUCUAAAAUGCUUGAAACUAGUUCAAAGUUUGAUAUCAUUUCAAAAUAUAAAUGA